AGGUCUCGCCACGUCAAGAUUGCUGGAUACCCCUGUCAAGUUCGAAAUGGAGCUCACGCAGCCGGGUAAAUUUAUUGACAAUGUCAGAACUGUUUAAGACCAGCAGCUCCUCUUUAUUUUCUCCAGUGAACGACACUCGAAGUCAGUGAAGACUUCAUUGUGAAGGUAAAACCGCACUAGAUGAAGAUGACAUUCGUUACUUACGUCGAACUUUUCCGUUAACUUCCUCGGAUUUGCAAUUGCAAAAACAAAUAUUCGUAAUGCUUCCGCAUAUACUUGUCACCCUUUUUUUUGAUCAAUAUAAGGUACUUCACCCGGCGACAAUGGCGCGAAAGUGGUGUCUGCAGAUUUCGCGGAAUCGAUUGGGGACGAGAUAGUGAACUCUCCUGAAGUGAAAAAAUCCGGUGCUCGCGCGAAGCCUGGGUCCGUCAAGAGGAAAACGCACGUUUUGUCGCAGUCUGUAAAUCCAAUGUCAUACAUGGCUUUCGACUAUGUAUUUGCAAAUGCAGAUGGUACCUGUACAAAGCCAGAAUUGCAGGCGCUCAUCCCAGGCUCGGCGCGUUCGUUGCCCCUCUGUCGCGCAGCGGCGCAGAGCCUAGGCGGGCGCUUUCUACGCGUGGAGCAAGACACUUUGUACCCGCAAGGAUGCUACCAGUACAUGCCCCUCGUGCAGGUCGGUGCGGGCAAGCUCUUUUUCUACCUCAACUUAGCCCCGAAGAUCGAGAGCGACGGCGACAACCCCGCAACCACAGCCGAUAUCGGUGUGAGCAGUCGGCCGGAGAGAGCACGCAUGAUCUGCCAGCAAGCGAGACCACUCGCGAAGGUUGACAUCUCGAAAGAGAAGCCAUUGCCGUACUUUGACCCCUGCAAAAUCGUUUACCCAAUGGGGAAAGAUAGUGGCGCGACCGUUCUAGGAUUAGACGACAGAUGCAGGAAACGGGAC